AUGUCUAGGAGUGGGGAAGCGAAGGGGCUGGAUGACGGUCGUAUGAUGCCGUGGUUAACAUGUGUUGAAAUUCAGCCUACGCUAGUUUGUUCUUCCCCGGGUUUAGUCUGCGAGGUGAUGAAAAACGGGAGGCACAACUACCCGAUAAGCGAAAGGAAAAAAAAAGCCUCACGUUUUAGUCACUUAGUCUUUUUCCUUGUCCAGGUUGGAUUUUAUUUACUGCAAAAAUUGUUUGUAUCUGUCAUGAAAUCUAUAUCUUCCAAAUCGAAAAAGGAAACAAAUGGUCGAAAAUCUGCUCCUGUUGCCAACUGCAGUUCCCAGUAUGAACAAGGCAUGGAUUUAUCUGUGAUGUCCAAUAGAGUCCAUCCGUCCACAUCAACUGCAACUCAUUUGUCAUCUGUAUCCAGUCCUCCGCCCAUUUAUGCCAAAGACCUCAGAUGUUCGAAUGAAAUACAUACUGACCAACAAAACACAAAUAAUCAUCAGGCACAUAGAACACCAAAACCUGUCAAUGUUGUUGAUCCAUUAAUGACUACUGGUGUAGAUCUAUCUACUGGAGGAAGCAGCAACUGCAACAAUAGUGUCAAUGGUACUGGACUUGGAGACCAAGUUUCCUCCAACACUGUGAUAAAUACCCUUACUUCCCAUUUAGAUUUUAUUAAUGGACCAAAAUGCUGGCGAGAUUCUUGUGAUACAGAAAAGAAAAACCUACAAAAUGAGAUUGAUUCCCUGAAGUCUCAACUUGAUGUCCAAUUUCAGGUAAAUAGUGAACUAAAAAAGUUACUUGUUGCUUCUGUUGGAGAAGAUUUGCAGUAUCGCGUGGAAAAAUUAAUGAGAGAUAAAGUGCAACUGUCAAUGGAAGUUGGAGGUUAUUCAAAAAAAGUAUCAGAAGAUUAUGAAAAUUUGGAUAAAUUGUCCAUUCAAGCAGAUAUUUGGAGAAGCAAAUUUAUGGCUAGUCGAGUUCUGAUUGAUGAAUUGGCUAAAGGUCGGGCUGUUCUUUCUUCUCAGUACCAAGAAUCUCAGGAUGCAAUUCAACGUCUUCUUAAUGAGCGCCAUGAACUCCAAUCACAUCUUACAGAAUCAUACAGGUCUUUAAAACAAGUGAAUGAAGCAUUUGACCCACUUAAUACUCAAAAUCUGUUAGCAUUACCUAAUUCAUCAAAUGUGAUAGAGUUGGUGAAAGUAAUUCAGCAAUCGUCUGAAGCAAUCCGAUUCCGUUUACUUCCUGGUGGCAUUGCUGCAACUGGACACAACACAGCAAUGCAGUCAACAACACAUUAUCCACCACAAAACAAACUUACACCUGCUGAGGCUCACGCACAAGAUGUGCUUCUUAAAAAGGUUGCUCCUCUUGAACAAACAACACUGCUGAGGAUGCAGUCAAUAAAAUUGCUGCCUCCAGAUUCUCUAUGGAUGGACCGCUAUCACCACACAAUCCAAUAUGAAAAUCUUACACUGAACUGCUGUCCAAAAUGCAAAGGUGAAAUUAUGGUGGUUUAG